GCACAGGCGGGGAUGGCGGCGGGCGGAGCCCCCAGCAGCCCUGAGCCCUCCAUGUACAGACACAGACCCGCCUCCGAGCGGACUCAGGACAUUUCCCAUUUGUUGACUAGCGUCUUUAAGAGCACGUAUACUGCAGAUGUUAUAGGGAUGGACACUGGAACAAAUCUGAUCAAGUCCCGUGGAGGAGACAAUCUCUAUCAUGAGAAAUUUGUGGAGAAGCUGCAAAAGAUUCAUACUGAAUAUAACCAUCGACUGACAGAAGUUGACAUGGUAGAAAAGCACAUCAUUCAGGCAAGAGCUCGAGCAACAGCAGCAGAAGAAAGGGCUCUGAACAUGUUGAAGGUAGAUGUUGGGGAGGACUUCCACAACAUUGGAUUGCCACCAGUGAAGUCCUCCUUCAGAUGGUGUGUGGAUAAUGACCUUCUCAAAAAACAUAAUUUAAUCUGCCCUGAAGAUUACAUCACUGAUAGAAUACCCAUUACCAAAGCACCUAAAGGAAAUAAAGAGCCUGACUAUAUCAAGGAAACGUUUAGUUUUAAACAACACAUUUCUACAAGUCCAAGGGAUCAGAAACAUACAGAAAUCCCACACUUGAGGAAAACAUUAGAUAGUCUACCAGAUGUAUCUUUAUCCACCUUAACGCUGUCUUCAACUCCUGAGCCUAGACAUCAGACUAAGAAACCAUCAAGUAAGAAAUCUAGUUCCUCUCACAAAUCAGCCUGGAAAGAUAAUAUGUACAAAGCGGAUAGAGAACAAGACCGCAUUUACCUUGCCAGACUUGAGAACCGACACAAUUACCUGAAGAAUCCACGCUUUUUCCCACCAAAUACUCUUAAUGGAGGAAAAUCUCUUAUUUUUCAUCAGAAGAGGGUAGAUCGAAUGAUAACAGGAAGAAAAGUGGCAUUUGAUGUAAGUGAUCCUCAAUCUGUUCCUGUAUUUCUAGCUAUCCCGCCUGCUGUUUUGUUUUCUGAGUAUGAAGUUGGUCAGGUUUAUGAGAUGACUAUAGAGCUGCAGAACAUGACUUCAGUGUGUCGCCAUGUAAGAGUCAUCCCUCCAUCUACUUCAGCCUUUGCCAUUGGACUGGGAAAAUUUCCAGGAGAGGGUGGAAUUGUCGCUCCUGGGAUGACAUGCCAGUACACCAUUCAGUUUAUUCCUGAAUAUUUAGCUGAUUAUGAAGAUUAUAUUCUAGUGGAAACGCAAGCCCCAUACUCUCUCCUAAUCCCUAUAGAAGCUAGGAGACCACCUCCUGUAUUAACAUUGCCUCGCAUCAUCGAUUGUGGUUCCUGCCUUGUGGGGGGAGUAAAAAUGACAGAAUUGGUGUGCAGAAAUGAAGGGUCCAGUAAUGGAAAGUUCUGUAUAAUGCCAAAGAAAGUAUGGCCACCUCCUAAUUUCAGGGCUGUUGCAACUAUUGGUUUUGUGGAGCAAGGUCCAUUUGGGAUCCGACCUGCUGUUUUUGAGCUAGGUCCAGAUCAAGCUAUGCUAUUAGAGGUUGUGUUUUCCCCAUCUUCUCCUGAAAACCUGAAGCAAACAUUCACUAUUGUUUGUGAUAAUUGCCAGAUCAAUGACAUCACAGUUACAGGAAGUGGACAGCUGAUAGCUUUAGAGCUUUUAUCUGUCACUGGUGGAGAAAGCCACCCAGCCCGUGGUGAGCCUACAGACAUAGCAGCACAGCACCUCAUACGUUUUGACCCCCAAAAUCCACAUGCCACAACAGAGAAGAAACUCCUUAUAAGAAAUUCUACUCAUGUGGAACUUCCUUUCUACUGGCAGAUAAUGAAGCCUAAUCUGCAACCAUUAAUGCCUGAAGAAACUGGGGACCUUGCAAAGGUCAAGUACAACCUAGAUGUAGAGUCAGCUUUCUCUCUAAAUCCUAACCUGGGAAUUCUGCAGCCCCACACUGAUCACGAGUUUAUUCUCACUUAUGCUCCACAGGAGCUGAAAGAUUAUCACAGUGUGAUUCAAAUUGUACUGAGGGACAUCCCAGAGCCACCUAGCUCAGAAAAGCAGGUGAUGCUAGGAAAUUCAGAAUCCAAAACAGAUGAUGUGAUUGCACUGGAAAUAGAAGUGAAAGGUUCAACAGAACCAUUUCAACUCCUUUUGGAACCAUAUGUCAUUAUCAUCCCCGGAGAAAACUUUAUUGGCGUAAAUGUAAAAAAAGCAUUUAAGAUGUGGAAUAACAGCAAAUCAUCCAUCAAAUAUACAUGGGGAAAAAUCAGUGUACGUGAUAUAGUUGAAGUUGAACCUCAUACUGGAGUGUUAGACGCCAGUGAAUUCUGUGAAUUUGAAUUGAAUUUUACUGGAGGCAAACCUGGAUAUGCCAGCCAUAACCUGCACUGUAAAAUCGAACACUCUGUGGAGCCAGUUGUGUUGCAUGUGGAGGCUGCUUUUAAGGGUCCAGCUCUCUCUAUCGAUGUUCCAUCACUCCAUUUAGGUUUGAUUAAAUUGGGACAAAAUGUGUUAAGUACCUUUGAGAUUCGAAACCUAAGUCAAUUGCCAGCAUGGUGGAGAAUGCAAGAAAGUCAAGCUUGCUUAGCUGAAAGGAACGAAGAUGCAUCCCCAUUCACGAUUCAGCCAUCUGAUGGAGAAUUACCUCCUUUGGGCAAAUGCAGUGUGUCAGUUCUGUUCAGGUCCUUGCUAUGUCAACGUCUCCAGACAGUAUUAGAGCUAGAUGUCGAAAAUGGAGAAGGAAGUCAUCUUCCUGUUUUUGUUGAAGUUCAGACCCCCCAAGCAUGUCUGAUGUCUAGUCACUUGGUGUUCAGUGAAAUUUAUAUUGGAGUUCCAGCACAAGCAACCGUCAAACUCUUUAACCAGACACUGCUGCCAGCAAAAUACUUUUGGAAAGAGCUUAUCGGAAGUCAGUCAGCUUUCUGCUCUGCCACUGUCUCCCCAACAAGUGGCACUUUGGGCCCACAUGAAGAAAAAGAAUUGUGUAUAGAGCUAACAGCUAAUAUUAUGGAUGAGCUGAAUGACCUUACCCUCUGCUGUAGCAUAGAAGAUAUGAUUGAACCUCUUUUACUGGGCAUUUCUGGCCAAGUAAAGGGACUACAUGUCACAUACUCGAUACCUUGUGACAGUAAAGUUACCAGUGAUGAGAAGCAAAUGUUACAAAGUCCUCAAGAUCUUCUGUUGGACUUUGGAUCUGAAGUUGCAUUGAAGAGCAUAGUAACACGCCAGCUAAUACUUACCAAUCAUACUGGAAUCGAUGCUCCAUUCACACUAGAAGCUGAAUAUUUCAGUAGCUGUCCAGUUACCUCAGAGGAACAAGGAAACAAUCUCUCCACGGCCAGCCUGGUGAAAAGAACAGCACAAAUCAGAAGACAUGCAGCCAAGAAAGUACAAUCAGCAUUUGUGCUGGCAUUACUGUCUCAUGGGAGAGGAGCGGCUUUCCAUGCCCAACCUUCCACAGGAACUCUGAAAGCCUUCCAGCAGCUAAUUAUAGAAAUAACAGCUUAUAACAACAUGUGGGGAGAGUACCAUGAUGAUCUCAUCUGUAGGGUGGGAGACUUACAGCCUACAUUAAUUCCUAUGCAAAUGACUGUGAAAGGUUGCCCAAUCUUCUUGCAGAUGACAGGACCUCAGACUGAACAUCAAACAAAGAUACCAAUAAUCAGGUUUGGUGCUCAUGUCUCUGGUGGGGAUACGGUCUCCCGCUGCAUCAGACUCAACAAUCCCACUCCUUAUGACAUCCGCAUGGACUGGAAAACUUACAAUCAAGAAAAAGAUAAUGAGAAGCUGGUGGACCUCUUGCUGUUUUAUGGCCCUCAUUUUCCUAUUAAGGACAUAGAUGAGAAUGAGAUUGAGUCAAAUGCUAGCACCUCAGAGACUGAAAUCCUGUUACACUGGGAUAAAAUCCCUAGCAGCCCAGACACCAUUUCUCCAGGUUCCCUCAUGACAGAUGAUGAGUCAGAUGUAAACAAGGAAGAGGAAGGAAGAAGUGAUUCUGAAGUCUGGAGACCAGUAAAUAAUCAAAAGAAAAUAAUCUCUGUACUUAUACAAGCUCAUGAAGGGUUUCCUUCCGACUAUCCCUACUGUAUAACUCCUACACAAAUCGUUGUUCCUGCAGGUAGCAGUGCCUCCAUCCAUAUUUCCUUCACUCCACUCACGUUACCCAAGCUCAUUAACAAAAUUGAAUGUGAGGGGUAUGCAUUGGGUUUCAUGAGUCUAGACAGCAAGCUUGCACAAGGGAUACCUGGCAAGGUGACUCGUUCAGACGGCUAUGGAGUUGCACCUUUGAGAAUGGACUUGCAAGCUUUUGUAAAGCCUGCUCUGUUAACUGUAGAAAUGGAUCAUGAUGGAGGAAUGGUGUUUCAUUCCAGGGCAAGUGAUCUCAUACCAAAUCAACCCCUUUCUGGAGUUUUGACAGAAUCAGUCAUUACUCACAACCUGAAACUCACCAACUCCACAGAGGCUCCUCUGCACUUCAGGAUCCUUCUAUCUGUGCCCUUCGCUGUAUCCAGUAUCGACCCCAACAGGAGCCUGAAAACAUCCCACCGCGACAGGGAGGAGCAAGGGAAGCAACUUCUACUUCAUCCACAGCAAAACAUGCUGGUGAAAGUGUCAUUUCACACAACUCUGGAGUUACUUACAUAUCAGAAUCUGCCAGCUGACCAGCUGCUCUCGGGAAUCAAAGUGCUCCAGUUUGAGAAUGGAGACAGGAAAGUGGAAUUCAGUCAAAAUCUGGUUAUUGAAUACAGUAACAGAACGACCCAGCUCGUGCCAGUGACUGCAUACCUUACUGUCCCACUACUGGAGCUCUCUUGUGAAACAGUUGAUUUUGAGACCUGCUUUGUAAACCAAACUAGGACAGAAGAUGUCUUUCUGUUAAACAGGAGCAGAUGCAGAAGUUACUGGACUGCUUUACUGGACCAACAGGAACAGCAUAACAACAUGGAAGUGUUUUCCAUCUGCCCCACUCAUGGAAUUCUUGAGGCACAUGAAGCUAGCUUACCCACCAAAGCAACUUUAAAAAUCAGUUUUACCGCAAGGAGUAAUGUGGAAUAUGAAACUACAGUGACUGUUUUUGGAAUGCUUGGAGAAAAGCCCUGCAAACUACAGAUCAGAGGCAGAGGAUCUUACGAUGAGAAAUAUGAAGAUCUCCGUUUAAUAUAAGAGAGACAGUAUAGAUUAGGUGUCAAGGUAAUGAGUCACAUUCUUGGCUAUUGAAGUCACUGGAAGUUACAUAUGUAUACUGAAUGGCACUAUUUAAACUACAUUGCCUAUAUUUUCUUGUACUUGAGAUUUAAAUAAAAAUUGUAGUUUUAAAAUAAAUUCCAAGUACUGUAUAAUAAAGAAUUUUACUAAACUAAGAUAAUUGUCUACUGGACAAAUCCCAUUCAACAGGUGUUGAAUCAAAGUAGUAUGUGUUGAGCUCUAUAGUUACCUUUUAUUGGCAUAUGCCCAUGGAUACUUCCAAGGUAUCUGUUUCUACAAAGCAGGGCAAUUUUAAAAGAACUGUGGAGGCUCCUGUAACAGUUUAGUUUGCUCCUUGGUUUAAAAGUAAGUCAGCUGUUAAUUCCACGUUAUAAUAAUUAGGUACAAACUAGAGAGUCAGAAACAGUGAACAAGACCAUCAUUCUGACUGCCUCGGUUUCUUUCAGUGCCUUGUAAUAUGAAAAUCAAUG